AGCAGUUGACUCUAAAUUCAAUAUGAUGGAUACCCUAGUUGUUGUAGUCGUGGCUCAUUCUGCGGGCCUCUUCUAUCUGCAGUUGGAGAGACGGAUGCAUGACAUUCAAAUGGAAUUCAGACAAGAGGUGAACACUAUGAAACUUAAGCACGGCAGUGAAUUAUACGACAUGCAGUUGAAGUUGCUUGAUUUCUACAAAAUAGAAGCAAAUCGAAAACUGUCGGAUCUUCAAAGGACUCUUGAAGGACAGAUAAAAUUGUUGGAUGAAACUUUGUCAAAUAGUACUAAGGAUAUUUUAACCCGCUUAGAGAUUGUAGAGAGAAAUAUAGGAACACCAACUGCAUUCUACUCCAGAUUAAGUCAAGAUUAUCGGAAUUCACAACCAGGAACAAUUUUGAAAUUUGAUGACGCCAUAUUAAACAUAGGAAAUAGAUACAACCCUCUCAAUGGCAAAUUUAUUGCAGCAGAACACGGAAUUUAUUUUUUCUCAUGGAGUUGUCUUACAAAAACUGGAGGUAAUAUUUAUAUUUGGGCAUAUGUAAAUGGCCAACAGUUCGUGGAUACAUGCACAUAUUCCGAUGGAAACCGUGUAUCGGAGUAUAACAGACAAUACUCUAACAACAACGCUAUUUCGAAUUCAGGUACAUUUGUGAUGGAAUUGAAGAAAAAUGAUGAAGUGUGGUUACAAGUGUAUCACCGGGAAGCGGAGUUCUUGCAUUCCAAAUAUACUUACUUCACGGGACACAAAGUUUUAUCACUGCCUUGAAUAU